GUAUCAGUGGUGGAAACGGCAUAACGGGACACUGUUGUCAUGACAACAGUGGGACAAGUACAAAUGUGCGCGCAAAAGACGUACGUAAAGAAAUAACUGGUCAUGGCAGCACUUGAGAGUCUGAGAGAGGAAGGGAUAGUUUUUGGUCGGCUUGGCAUAAAUGGAGAUGAAGAAGAGGAGGAAGACUCACCUACUGUUUUACUGAGUGUUUUAGCCCAGCAUGGACAGAUGGGCCUCUGCUUCUAUGACAUGAAGGACUCCUCUUUACACUACAUGCUAGACACUUCAGACAACUACGAGCUGCACUUGUUGGCCAGGGUCAUCCAAGAGGUUAGUCCCCAUGUAAUAAUUACCAGUGCAAAGCAGGAGCGCUGCAUGACAAGCUUCCUGCGACAACUUGGUUCAAACCCAGACUACAAACCGGAAGUGGUUACUUAUCCAUAUGUGGACUUUGGUCUGGAGGUCAGUAAGCAGAGGCUCCUUUCGGCCCAUCUGCCUUUCAUUCCUGCCUCCAUUUCAGAGAGAGACAAAAUGUCCUACCUCUCCUCCUGUAUUUCCUUUGACUCACCCCUGAUGCUGAGGGCAGUAGGCGCUCUGCUGAAAUGUCUGGACAGGAGGAGAGUGGGAGUGGAGCUGGAAGACAGCAGUGUUGGAGUUCCUAUCCUACAGUUUCACUCCUACACGCUUAAAGGUGUUGUUUGCAUUGACCGAGACACCUACAGUGUGCUGCAGAUCUUCAAAUCCGAACUUCAUCCAUCAGUGUACAAGCUGCAUUCAGGUGAAAAGGAAGGACUCAGUCUUUAUGGGAUACUGAACCGCUGCAGGUGCAAGUUUGGCUCCAAACUGCUACGCCAGUGGUUUCUGCGGCCAACACUGGAUCUGGCCGUACUACACAGGAGACAGGAAGUGAUACGUUUCUUCACGUCACCUCGGAACUCCGACGCCCUGAGCACUCUGCAGUCCUCGCUACGCAACAUCAGUAACAUACCAACUCUUCUGCGCAGGAUGUCUCUCUCUCACACCAAAGUGACUGACUGGCAGAGUCUCUACAAGACAGUGUACAAUGCAGUGUGUAUCAGGGACACGGUACGACACCUGCCUCAGUCCAUUCAACUCUUUCGAGAUAUUAGUAAAAGGGGGCAUGCUCCACCAUUUCCUUUCCCUCAUCGCCUUGUGGAUUUUGAAACAAGCUUAGCUGAGAACCGCUUCACCAUCAAACCAAACGUGGACCCUGCAAUUGAUGAGAAGAAGAGGAGGUUUUGCAGAACAAACCUCGAGAGGAGCGCCUCCCUUUACAAGGUUUUGGAUCUCACAGCUGAGCUGGACUGUCUGAUGGCUAUGAGCAGCGCCUCCCAAGAGUACGGCUACACCUCACCCAAACUAGCCAGCCACAGGCAGAUAAGAGUCACACAGGGCAGACACCCGCUGUUAGAGCUGUGCUCUCCUGUGUUUGUGGCCAACUCUUUCCAGAGCUCAGAGUCACAAGGCAGAGUCAAGAUCAUCACUGGACCCAACUCAUCGGGCAAAAGCAUCUACCUCAAACAGGUGGGUCUGAUUGUGUUCAUGGCUCUGAUUGGCUCAGACGUGCCUGCAAAGGAGGCAGAGAUUGGUCUGGUGGAUGGGAUCUUUACCCGCAUGCAGAGCAGAGAGUCUGUGUCUGUUGGCCUCAGCACUUUCAUGAUAGACCUCAAUCAGAUGGCCCAGGCUCUCAACAGCACUACUGGCAACUCAUUAGUUCUCAUCGAUGAAUUUGGAAAAGGAACUAACACAGUGGAUGGACUGUCCCUGCUGGCUGCAUCAAUCUCUCAUUGGCUGAGAAAACCUCCGGUGGAUGUUCCUCAUGUCCUGCUGGCGACUAACUUCCACAGUUUGCUGCAGCUGGGCCUGCUACCCUCCUCUGGCCUGCUGUCUCUUCUGACUCUAGAGACAGCAGUGGAUGGGGAUGAGUUGGUGUUUCUGUACCAACUGAAAGAAGGAAUCUGCCAGUCCAGCUAUGCUGCCAACAUCGCUACACUGGCAGGUCUGCCAACUAGCCUUGUGCAGAGAGGAGUGGAGGUGUCUGAACUGUACAGGACAGGAAGGCUCAUCAAGCGCAUCGACAAAGCAUCAUCAGAUGAGCAGGCCAACAGGUGCAGGUCUGUGGUGGAGACAUUCCUGAGCUUAGACCUGGAGGACAAAGAUUUGGACCUUCAGCACUUCAUGAAAGAGGAGCUUCUGCCCUCUGCUGGGGAGCUGUCGAACCGCAGCUGACCUGUUCUGCUGCAACAGCAAAAAUGUGUGUUCAUCUCUGUGGUUUGUUUGUUCACUAUCUAACGUUUUUAGCUGGUUUUGGGAUUGGGCAGAGAUUUACUGAUGCUCCAUCCGUAGACAGGAUAUCUAUAUACAUGACAAGAAUUAUAUUACACUAUGAAUUAAUGAUUUAUUAUACUGCAUGGGUUUUUUAGUUAAAAGACCAUGUUCAAUAUGGUACCAAACAAUUUUUUCUAAAUGAAUAUGUUUAAGCUAUAAUUAUCUAAAUGGUGAAUUCUAAUUCAAUAAUCAAUUAGACAGUACAGAAAUUGCUCAAACCUGGUGAUAUCGCUUUACCAUUCGGUUGAAGUCCUUGCAGUCUUUUUUUAUUGACAAUAUGAAUAAUUGCAGGUUGUUUAAUGUUAUCACUUUUGAGGCUUCAGUGAGUUGUCAGGUAGUUGGUAGGUACAGCUACAGUGAGAUACAAAAGUGUGGCGAUUGGAAGUUUGAUAGCCAGGUUGCAUAUGGGAGUAACGCAGCAGUGCUUGGUCAUGACAAAAUUGGGGUUGUUAGAGAAAAGCUCCACUGUAGUCUCUACGUUGCACUCAUCUGCCUUCACACAACCCAAAGUCUCACCGUCCAGGCUACUGGCUGUGGAGACAAGACAAUGGUAUUCACUGUAAGAGCUCUAAGUGAAUUAAAGUCAAAUACAUUUGAUAAGUUUACCCUAUUAACCUUUACAUCCGUUCUAAUCUAUGGUUAUAAUGCUUAGAUAGUAAUUAAUAAACAUAGAUUCCUCUUUCUCAAAUUCCGCUGACUCCAUGAGGUGUUCUAGCUGCUCCUACUCCUUAGCUGAGCUCAAGAAACACAACAGAAACAAGACAAAUUGACAGUGAAGCUUUACUGGCAUGAAUUUCGACAGAACAUGUUGCCAAAGCAGACAGUGUCUAACAUCAAGAUAACUGACUAAAAAAUAACGUUAUUAUCAAAAUGAUGUUGACUGUAUUAUAUAGGGCUCAUAAACUAUAUUGUUUAUAAGCCCUAUUGAAACUUCUUUUGUAAGAGAGACAAAGACGACGGGAUAAAAAGUGAAAAAGACAAACAAGCUAAGAACAGAGAAUAUACAUACUUAUUAACAGUUUAAUUGAUGAAAAGCGUUACAUUUUUCAUAUUUCACAGCAUUUACAUAAUGUGUAGUUAGACACAUUUUUAGGGGGCGCUGAAUGUGUGAAAGUGUUGGAGCGCUGUUGAGGGACAUCAAGCCAAACUGAUGAGCCACAUUCUGCCGAGCAGUUGAGCAUCUCAGAAAUACUUUGUUUAUUCUGCAGCAUUCUUGAAUUUUUCUUUAAGUGGAUAACUUGUGUUAUUGAGGGAGUGCUCCAAGUCUUAGGGCAGCAUUGUGUUUUUUAUUAACCAGACAGAUACUGGAAUUAAUAGAAAGAGUUGGCAGCAAAACUUAGUGCAAGAGUGGGACAAACCCUUACUUACAGCGAGCAGGCUGUACUGCACAAUCCCUCAAAAUAAUAGAACUUGUGUCACACAUUAGCACUUCAAAAGCAAGGAGGAAUCUUCCUAAAACUAGAGAUUGUUUGGCAGUGUGAAAUAGGUGACAGAGCAAAAUAUAUUCUAUCAAAAUGUGAUCUGAAAUGUGGCUGAAAAUCCCAUUCAAGUUUAAUCCAUUUUAUAUUCAAAUAACUGCAAUUACAGCAUAAUUCGAUUAAAAAACAUGAUAAUCCAGGUAGUUUUGGAUGUGACAGUGUCUAUCUUUGAGAUUUAUUCUUGGAGUUCAUUGUCCGAGCACAGCCAGUGCUCCAUGCUAUAGGCUGCUACUGCUGAAGGACUGAUCUCCUUCUUGUCGCCAUAAGAGGAGUUUCAGUGAGACUCAAAAAUCUGUAUCCCCGCUCAUCUUGUUAGCUAGUGCUAGCUCAGGGAAACAAGCAGACAAAAGAGCGUUGAGGUGGGGUUCACUGUGUGGAGAAUGCAAACUUACUAAAUCUGCACUCAGUUGCCAGUUCAUUAGGUACACCUAACCAGUGCAGCCCAAUGCAACCAUCCUACAAUAAAUCCUACCCUAAUGAUCAUGUUA